CAAGUAUCGCCCCAUCACUUCCGACUUUCCGCUCCCUUUGGUCGAUCAUCCCUCACAUUCCCAGGUCGCAGACUCCCAGCUCCCCCGCAGCAGAUCGGGUGGACACCUUAUAUCUCAAAAUCCUCGUGGCAUCCAUCCGACGCCGUCCGCCAGCAACAACUUCUCGAGCGGACCCGGAUACGAGAGAGCUCAUCGUACGCCAACAAAUAGCAAGCGAGUUAAUCCAAUUGUGUACUCGGCAUUGAGGGCCUCAGACGCUGAAACGAAGUCAUAAUGUCCGUCAAGAGCCUAUUAGCUUCGAGCUACGGCUCUAUUGAGAACCGACGAUACUCUUUAGAUAGAAUACGAGGGGAACUGAAUGCUGUAGUAGAAGCUCUCCCGACGCAAGUGCAUCCAGCUGAAAGAGAGAUUUACCUGAACGACAUUCUAUCCGACCUGCAUCCGAAAGAAGAAGCAAUAUGGAGGGAUUGGCCAAGCGAUGUCUACCUACUUGCCCUCACGGCUGUCAAAUGCCUCGGACGAAACCCCAUUGGAUCAGAAACCCUGCUCUCAAGCCAUCACAUUUCCACUCUCAUGUUUCAUUCAACAUUACUAUCAGAUGAUUCUGCGACGUUUCCGACCGUCGUUGCCCAGUCAUCAACGUCACCACAGGCUCGUGAAGCCUUGAAGAUCUUGGCCAACAUGCUAGUUCUUCACACCGCCGGACGUAUCGAAUUCUUCAAAGCCCGCGGAGCUAUAGCGGUUGCUCGCGCUUUGUCCGAAAGUUCUACACAAGACGAGAAUGAUGCAGCGCAUGCGGAAAAGCUGUUUUUACUGGGGAGACUUGGAUUUUUGGUCACUGUGGAAAGGGCUGAAGCGGCGAAGCAGAUGGUAGAUAACGAGGUGGUGGAUGCCCUCGUGCAGAUUUUCAUGUCGGCCUCUGUCUUACCCGCUUCUUUCUUGUAUCUGAGCGAAUUGCUCAAACUGACGAACGCAUUACUUCAAUUCUAUCCUUAUAAACAGCCCUCUGAUGCUACAACUGGUGUUGAUCCUUGGGACGAAAAGUUUGAUUACCUUCUUUACCCUCUUUUGCGCCUUUUUUACGCUACUCCAACGGUCGAUCUUAGCCCGCCACUUACCCACAUCAUGAAUACUCUGCUUUUGAUACCGUUCAAAACACGUUUGUUACCAACAUGGGCUUCGGUCCCUGAAAGUCCCGGUUCCCUACAAGUCAACAGUCCCUCGAGCCCUUCGUCCACAAUGAGAAAUAUUCUCACCAAGCUGGGAAACAUAGCUUCACCAUCCAGCCCUCGCAAGUCUUCGGCCGGCUCACUUGCCCCGCCUGGUUCUAGGCCGCCAGCAGGUGGUCAGAGAUCCGCACCAAAUUCACCGCGAGGUAGUUUCUCGUCUUCGAGGCCUGGCUUUGGUGCGACAUCCGAUCAUUUCGCGCUAUCGUCAAGGCUUCUGAAGAUCCUUGACCGGUUCUUUGAGGCAUAUCUACCAUACCCUAAACGGCCGGAUGACGAUCUGCCUCAUUCACUUGUACUGGAUGAAAUACUUCCUCCGUUAUUACUCUUAAUGACACGAGCCACAUGGGGUUUGGAAAACGUGCGGUUAUCGAUCAAAGAAAUUUUAUUACCUUCCUCUCUAGACCGCUCAUCAGAAGCAGGGCCGCUUGAAUCCCGCAAGGGUUUACUAGGCAACAUUCUGCGUUUAAUGGCUUGUGCAGGUCAUACUCAAACAAGAAAUGCUGCCGGAGAGUUGAUGUGGGCAAUCUGCAAUGGUAAUGCUUCCGAUCUCUGCGUAGAAAUCGGCUAUGGCAACGCAGCUGGCAUACUGUUCCAAAAAGGGCUCACUGGUCCACCAUCGGCAAAGGUCGAAGAGAUUGACCAGCCUAAUCCUUCGCAGACCGUGAUGCAAAUAGCCAAGUCAUCUAAUCGCCGAUCAGACGUCCGGUCGCCUGUAACAACUGUCCAGCCGGCUACGCCUUCUUCUACGUCGACAUUCAGCGCCGAAACUUUGAGGAAUCCAAUCACAGGUAUUGAGAACGGUAAUCAAGCGACAGGUGACCUGGACGAAAUGACUCAGGAAGAGAAGGAGCGCGAAGCAGAAAGGUUGUUUAUUUUGUUUGAUAGGAUGGAGAAGAAUCCUGUGAUUAGCAUGAAGUCAGGGGAUGACCAAGACGGACAAAAGAGUAAGGCUCAAGGGCUGAAGGAUAUAAUGAGAGAAAAGUUAGAGAGUGGGGAUAUGGAGAGAUGGGAUCGCAAGGAUGAGCAAGAGGAGAGACAGAGAUUGGAGGAGGAGGCGCAAAAAGACGAAGAGGAAGCUUUCCGGGAGCUUGCGGCCUAUAAACGACGCACUGGAAGGUAGUAACCUUACAGAUAUAAUCUAUCAAUCAGAGACAUUGGGGCCCAAAUCGUUUUCGACUGUGAUAUUUGGUUAUAUCUUGUGCCUUGCGUAAAAGUUGUCAUGCUAUAUGUGACAUAUCCGUACUAUACAAUGAUGUCUACUCCUUCAU